AUGAACCCUUCCGUUCCACCUUCAACUGCCGAAUACGGUGGAGAUGAGGUCUCUGCUAUUGUCCUCGACCCUGGAUUUUCGACUACGCGCGCAGGCUUUGCCGGUGAAGAUACACCAAAGUCCCUGAUCCCUUCGUACUAUGGGAAGUAUUCCUCCGAAGGCGAAGAAAAGCUUAUAUUUGGUGAUGAUGUCUUUGUUACGCCACGCCCUGGCUUAUCCAUCCACAACCCAAUAGGCAAGGAUGGAAUCGUGGAGGACUGGGACAUGGCAGAAAAGGUGUGGGAAUACUCAUUUACGUCGCGACUGACGGGGGCAAAGCCUAGCAACCCCUUCCAGAAUGGGUUGAAUGAUGCCCCCGAUAUCGAACAGCCUACGGAGAUGGACGGCGUGGAGACUGAAGAAAAGCCUCUGUCAGACAGCCCGCUCUUAAUGUCCGAGUGCGGCUGGAAUCCCACCAAGGCGCGCGAGAAGACCGUUGAGAUUGCUAUGGAGAAGUGGGGGACUCCGGCUUUUUAUCUCGCGAGGAAUGGCGUACUUGCAGCCUUCGCUGCUGGCAAGGCGUCUGCUUUAGUUGUGGAUAUUGGCGCUUCUAAUAUCUCUGUGACUCCAGUGCACGACGGAAUGAUACUGAAGCGUGGGGUUCAGCACUCCCCUCUCGGUGGUGACUAUAUUUCAUCUCAGAUCCGAGCACUAUUCAAAUCGAACACGCCGCAGCCUAUCACCAUCACACCGCAUUACCUGAUAUCCUCGAAGGCUGCUGUGGAUGCUGGGCAGCCUCCACAGGCAAAAUAUAAGACCUAUUCUCCCGAAAAAUCCCCGGAUGCCUCGUAUCGUACCCUCCUUGAAGAGCGGACGCUUUCGGAGUUCAAAGAAUGUGUCGUGCAGGUCUGGCCCGGGCCCAACAAACUCCUUGCCAGUAGUCCGAACGGCGUCUCGAAUGAGGAUGUUGCUAAAAGCAGUCCUGGGCGGCCGUUUGAGUUUCCUGAUGGGUAUAACCAGGUAUUUGGUGCCGACCGCUAUAAGGUGGUGGAAUCCUUGUUUGAUGCCAAAGCGGCGAUUCCGGAUUCCGAGUCACCAUACCCGGCCCCGACACAAGCCCAGACCAUUCUCGAGCUCAUUAAAAAUGCCUUGAACGGAGUAGAUGUCGACAUCCGUCCCCAUUUGCUGGCCAAUGUUGUCGUGACGGGGGCGUCAAGCUUACUUCAUGGGUUCACGGAUCGACUCAACCAAGAACUUAUGCAGACCUAUCCUGGCCCGCGGGUUAGGAUUUCGGCACCCGGCAACACUGCUGAGCGUAGAUUUGGCUCUUGGAUCGGUGGAAGUAUUCUUGCCAGCUUGGGAACCUUCCAUCAAAUGUGGAUUUCGAAGAAGGAGUACGACGAACAUGGUCCAAACAUUGUUGAAAAGCGCUGCAAGUAG